GGCGGCAUCGGCGCAACUGGUCGGCUGGGCGGAGUGCACGCUGCUUGGCGCGGCUGACUGAUCCCGCCGCCCGCCCCCGGGAGCAGUGAUGUUAGGCAGCUCAGCGCCGAGGCCUGCGGCCCGCGAGGCGGGCUCGGCACUGCUAACAUUGCAGCAGACCGGGCACCAAGAAGACCAGGAGAACAUCAACCCGGAGAAGGCAGCACCCGCCCAGCAGCCGCGGACCCAGGCCGCUCUGGCGGUACUGAAGACCGGGAACGCGCGGGGUCCCGCGCCGCCGCAGAGGCCCAAGACGCGACGGGUUGCACCGCUUAAGGAUCUUCCAAUAAAUGAUGAGCAUGUGGCUACUGUUCCUCCUUGGACAGCAAACAGUAAACAGCCUCCAUUCACCAUUCAUGUGGAUGAAGCAGAACAGACUCAAAAGAGGCCGGCUGAAUCUAAACCAACAGUGCGUGAGGAUGUCCUGGCUUUUAAUGCAGCUCUUGCUUUACCCGAAACAAGAAAACCCCUGGUACCUCUUGAUUAUCCUAUGGAUGGUAGUUUUGAAUCACCACAUACUAUGGAUAUGUCAAUUGUAUUAGAAGAUGAAAAGCCAGUGAGUGCUAAUGAAGUACCAGACUACCAUGAGGAUAUUCACACAUACCUUAGGGAAAUGGAGAUUAAAUGUAAACCUAAAGUGGGUUAUAUGAAGAAGCAGCCAGACAUCACUAACAGCAUGAGGGCUAUCCUUGUGGACUGGUUGGUUGAAGUGGGAGAAGAAUAUAAACUACAAAAUGAGACCCUGCACUUGGCUGUGAACUACAUUGACCGAUUCCUCUCUUCAAUGUCUGUGUUGAGAGGAAAGCUUCAGCUUGUGGGCACUGCUGCUAUGCUGCUAGCCUCAAAGUUUGAAGAAAUAUACCCCCCAGAAGUAGCAGAGUUUGUGUACAUUACAGAUGAUACCUAUACCAAGAAACAAGUUCUAAGAAUGGAGCAUCUGGUUUUGAAAGUCCUUGCUUUUGACUUAGCUGCACCAACAGUAAACCAGUUUCUUACCCAAUACUUUCUGCAUCAGCAGCCUGCAAACUGCAAAGUUGAAAGUUUAGCAAUGUUUUUGGGAGAAUUAAGUUUGAUAGAUGCCGACCCAUACCUCAAAUAUUUACCAUCACUUAUUGCUGGAGCAGCCUUUCAUUUAGCACUCUACACAGUCACAGGACAAAGUUGGCCUGAAUCAUUAGUGCGAAAGACUGGAUACACCUUGGAAAGUCUUAAGCCUUGUCUCAUGGACCUUCACCAGACCUACCUCAAAGCACCACAGCAUGCACAACAGUCAAUAAGAGAAAAGUACAAAAAUUCAAAGUAUCAUGGUGUUUCUCUCCUCAACCCACCAGAGACACUAAAUGUUUAACAGUGAAAGACUGCCUGUUUUCUAAAAUGUAAAUCAUUCAAAGUACAUGGUGUACAGUUUUUAUCUUAGGUUUUAAUUUCACAAUCAUUUCUGAAUGUUGUAGAAGUUACGGCCAAGGACAAAUUAUGGUAUCUAUCACUUUUUAAAUGGUUUUAAUUUGUAUAUCUUUUGUACAUGUAUCUAUCUUAGAUAUUUGGCUAAUUUUAAG